AUGUGUUUUGGCGCAACCUGCCCAACUUGCUCAAAGAAGUCAUGGCGUGGGUGUGGUAACCAUGUUCAGCAAGUGUUCAAUCAAGUGCCCGAGUCGCAGUGGUGCACAUGUACUCCAAGAACCAAGAUCGGUGGUAAAGAAUACCCCCCAGCAGCCGCAAUGCAGAUUCCAGGCUUGAGCUGGAUCUCGGGCAUGCUUGGAGGAGGCUCUCAUCAAGACGGGCAGACCCUUGGCAUGCAUUUAGCUGACAAAAGACCAUUGAAUGUCAUGGCAUCUAAUAGGGCGUCGAGUCAUGAUGUGCAAUUGCCGAGGUUCAAGGAUGAGGGCAGGUAG